UGGCAUUUUUGGCAUUUCGUUGGCUCCCGUUUGGCAGAUGGGAAAAAUGAAUUGAUCGAAAAGAAAAAUCUUUGCCAGGAUUAUCUGAAUGAUGUCAUUUGAGUGAUCUAAAAUCUAAAUAAUAUAUUAAUUCUGCUUGUUUAUAAAAUAAUUUAGUUAGAAAAAUGGCUUCGCGCGGUGGUAUUAUGGUGACUGGUACGAAUGGAGCCGAUUUCGAACACAGAGAGAAAAUAGCAGCACAAUAUCAGAUUAGUGCUUUAAACAAGUCCCGUCUGAAGUACUGCAUGUUCUUCCACCACAUUAUGUUCCUGGUGAUGCUGGCGAAGCUCUCCGCAGACAUCCUCGACAAACUUGACAUAUUUAUUUUAGAAAUAGAAGAGUUGCAGAUACCACAGCCCCUGUGGUGGGAGUACAUCUGGUGCCUCUCCCUCCUCCUAUCCUUCCUCGGUCUAUCCGCAAUCAAACGCAACAACAUAAAAUACCUCCGACGGUAUAUGUACGGUAUCACCGCACUGGGCUUUGGACCGCUGUUGUACUGUGUGCUGUACUACUGCGGAGACGUCUGGAGGUAUCUGACCAUGGAUGCGGAUGAGGAUGACAGCAGUGAAGUGGAUAUUGAGCUGUGGCAGGGCUACCCAUACGGCCUCCUGUGGUACGCGUUCGUGCUCCUCGCCUCACAAAUACACUUCUUCCAACUCUACUUCUCAUACAACCUGCUAAAAGCCUGGCGUGCAAGAGGCGCGCUAAGGAAAUCCGACUAAAACACUAGUACUUACGGUUCAUUUUCCCUUGUUCAUACACCACACUGCCAGAGUGAAGGAAAUAGUCAAUAGAUGGACGUUUAUGAGGUAAGAACAGAAUAAAAAAAAGAUUCUUGUCAAAAAAAGGUGAUAUGACAACUGGCAAAUUAUCAUUUAGUUGUAGCUAAUCAUGAACAUUUGAAACUUAUAGGGUACUUGACACGGAGGUUGUGUUCAUAAACCCACUGUUUAUACUGUAAACUGUUGCAAACAACUUGUAUCGACUUUGCAAGCUUUUAAUGUACAACUGUUUAUUAUGCAGGUAACAAAAUAUAGAUUGACUCAGUAGAGAGAAAAUAGGUAUUAUUGUACCAAACUAGCUUCUGCCAGCGGCUUCAGCCGGUGGAUAAAAAGUAUCCUAUCACCCAAGUCAGCUCAUACCCUGUCUGUAUACCAACCAUCAUCAAAAUUAGUAGUUUCAACAUGUCAAUCACGCAUUUGGUCGGUCCAGUAGCCAACCAAUGGUUACAGUCUCUGUUCAGAAUCAAUUUUUAUUUUCUUACCUGCAUACUAAAUAGCUGUGCUGACUGUACCUUUUAGGCAAUAUUUUUUAUAAUUUUGCACACAAUAAUAUACUCGUAAGUGCUGUUAAAUGCCCCAAUAAUAAGGCCAUUUUCGUAUAAUAUGGAACAGUCUGAACAAAUGACUAAGUAAUUUAUUAACAUUAGUUGUCAAUUUCUAAACCAUUCUAUUGGUAGUGAAACCAAUCUGUUGCCUACCUAUCUAAUUAUUAAUUCUCAGUGAAAAGUACUAAAUAAUUCUCCAGAUCUAAAACGAAGCUGGAGAAAACAGUAAUAGAGUCAAAUACUGAAAUUUUAAAACGUUCUCGUUUGUUGUAUGAUAGUCUAAUGUAACACACUCAAUGUAUAAAGUAGAUAAGCAGAGAAUGUAAGUUAUAACAUCUAUUUUAGAUACGUCGUAGUAUUUAUUAUAGUAUAACUAUAGUUUCGAAGCGCAAAUGACAUUUUAAAUAACGUACGACUGGGUUGGCCGCCAUUUUGUUUGUGCAAUAUAAGUGCAAUAACAUUAACGCCAUCUAGUUAAGGUGCGGGUAAAUACUCAAUAAAUAAGAUGGGCUAACCUAGUCCGCAUAUUCUAUUUUUCAAUCAAUAUUAAACACUAAAUAAGUACUUAUCAAUGUAUAGUAUUCUAAUUUGUUAUUACAUUUUAUGAAAGUUAUCGUUUUAGUAGUCGCCAGGCGGCGCCAUUGGCGCUUAAAGUCGUUGGGGUGCUUUUAAGCACGAUAACUAUAAUUUGAUAUAUUUCGGGAGGUUUUAAAAUGGCAAUUUUUGUAACAAAUGGCGUGUAAAAAAGCAAUUUAUGAUGGUGUGGUAAAAUUUGACUGAAUAGUUGAAUUUUUAAGUUAUAAAAUAUAUUAUUUAUAAUUGUAUUGUAAAGGUAAAAGGUUUGAAUCUUUAUUUAUUUAUCAAAUUUGAAGCAGCAGUUAUUGUAAUGGGAUAAUGUGCCACUGUAUAUUGUUUUGGUGAAUUAAAUGUUUAAACGAAUGUUCAAAUUAGUGGUUACAACAUUUAGUCUUUAAGUUUUGCGUUUAAAAACAUGACGAGUUAAAGAACCACAUAUUAUUAACCCUCGAUAGAAAUAGACCAUGACAACUUCGUAAAAAAUAUCUGUGUGGUCCCUUAAUUUGUUUUUAAACGCAAAGCUAAGAAGUAAUGGCCUAUAAAAACACGUUGUAUAAGUGUAAGAAUGUAAAUAAAACGAUAUUAUUACGUUUCAGUUCAAUUUAUAAUAGAAAUAAGUGUUUGUUUGUUUUAAAGUUUUCCCAUGGUAUAUUUGUUUUUUAAUAAUAAAAUAUUUUGUCAAAA